AUGAAAAACAACAUCCCACAGGAUGAGGUUGAUGAGGAUGAGAUGGAGGAAGUGUCUCUGACUGUGAGUCCCAACAGCUCCCAGGUGUUUCAGGGACAGUCUGUCUCUCUGAGCUGUGAGGAGGACGACAGCUCUGCUGGAUGGACUCUGAGGAGGAUCACAGAAAAGGACAUCAGGACUCAGUGUGGAGAUGGCUGGGGAAGACCUGCUGGUUCCUCCUGUAACAUCAGCUACAUGCUCCCGUGGGACGGUGGGGUGUACUGGUGUGAGUCCAGAGAGGGAGCAACCAGUACCAGCAUCAGCAUCACUGUCCCUGGUGGACCAGUGAUCCUGCAGAGUCCUGUCCUCCCUGUGACGGAGGGACAAGACCUCACUCUGCACUGUAGGACAGAGACGUCCUCCAACCUCCCAGCGUCUUUCUAUAAAGACGGCUCCUUCAUCAGGACUGGGCCUGCAGGUCACAUGACCAUCCCCCAUGUCUCCAGGUCUGAUGAAGGCCUCUACAGGUGCAGCAUCAGCGGUGUUGGAGAGUCCCCCCCCAGCCGGGUCUCUGUCUCAGGGAGACCAGAGACCUCAGACCCUCCUCCCAGCUCUCUGCCGCCCCCCUACACUCUUCCCCCUGAAACCUCUGCAGCUCCACUCCCUCCAACCUCUGCAGCUCCCCCCCGGGCCUCAGACUCCCUCCACCUUUUGUGCAGACUAGUGGUCCACCUGGUGGUGUUCUGUCCGUACUGCAUCUCCACCUUCAUCAUGGUGUCUCUAUGUCGAUGCAGGACCACAGGAAAUGACCUGCCUGUUGCCGUGGUGAUGACCCCCCAGACUGAGGAGGGAUUGGAUGAUGAUGAUGAUGAUGAUGAUGUCAUCACCGCUGUCUCCACUGAGCAUCACUUCUGAAUUGAUCUGAAGAGCAGCUCCAAUGUUCAAGACCUCGUAGUUUAAAAAAAAAGGGAGGACCCACAACGCUUCCCUGUGGAACUCCACAUGUUCUAGUUUUUGUCUUUAACCCCGGAUCUUAGACUCGUUAAAGGUC